CCAUCACAGUCCCUUAUCAUUACUUCAAGAUCACGUCUUCAUCUCUUCGAAUUACUGUCUGUCUCUCGUUAAGCAGACUACUGUCAUUCCUUAAUUUGAGUCCACGGUCUUUCGCACUGUCAUUUUAGUCACUCCUUCAUAACUCACUGUCUUUACGAUCCCGUUGAUUCCCCUGAACCGAACCACUGCAGUUUCGACUCCGACUCCUUCGUCAUAAUGCUCUUCGCCAAGUCCACCGUGUUUAUCGCUCUCUUCGCUCUUGGCAAGGUUGUUUCUGCUGCUGGCACCAGUACACCUGCCUGUCUUCUUACUGUUGUGGGCCCCGAAAACCCCGGUAACCUCAAAGCAAUCUGCAAGACCAAUGGCGACGAGAUUCAGACUUCGAUUCGCGAUGUCUGCGGAGAUGAUGCCAAGGAUGCCCUGAAUUACUAUGCUGGCGUCUGCAAAGAUGCAGGCUACGAAGUUGAUAUCUCGUCGUCCUCGACCACAACUUCUUCGCAGACCAGCACCAAGACAUCGGAUACAGAGUCCAGUACUUCUGGUAGCGCGACCAGCACGGAUGGUGCCAGCUCGACCUCUGGCUCCGACAGUGACUCCGACUCUAACUCUGGCUCUGCUUCCGCUUCAACAACCGACAGUGCAGAUACAGCCACCCCAACCAAUGGCGGCUCCACCGACAAGCAAGUCUCCGCCGCCGCAUUUGCUGCUGUCGUUUUCCUUGGAUUCGCUGCUACACUCUAG